AUGGCAACAUUGGAAGAUCCUGUUCUAGCCAAGCCAGCUGAGCGUUGCUGCCUCAAAGGUUCCAUCCAUUCUGGAGAGCCAGCAGGCAAAGUCGUGCAGAUGGGCGGCGUAGACACCUAUGUGGCCACGCCGGACGCAAAGAUAGCCAACGGACAUGUGCUCCUCUUCUUCCCGGACGUUUUUGGCCUGCACAUCAACAAUUUCCUGACGAUGGAUGCGUUUGCCGCUGGUGGGUACCUGACGUUGGGCGUCGAUUAUUUCGCCGGGGACCCGAUGUGGAAGCAUUCUGAGAAUCCGUUGAAUGAUCCCAACUUCGACUUUCAAGGUUGGAAGAACAAGCACAUGAGAUCCGCCGACGGCAUUGCUGCGAAGUGGGUAAAGGACGUCGAAGCAACGUAUGGAAACAACGGCAAAGUGAAAUUUGUCUGUGCAGGGCAUUGCUGGGGAGCUCGGUUCGUCUGUACCCAGCUUUCUAAAGAUGGGUUCUGCAAGGUUGGUGCCAUCGCCCAUCCGGCAUUCAUGAACGAAAGCCAUGUAUUCAACAUUGAGGCGCCUAUUCUGUUCUCGGUGCCAAACACAGAUGGCCUCUUUAUGCCUGAGCAACGCAGCAGGGCAGUCGAGAUUAUGACGGACGGGAAGAAAAGGUUCAAUAUGCAGAUUUUCUCUGAUGUUGGACAUGGAUUUGCUUCACGGGCGUUUCUGUCCGAUCCAUAUGAGAAAUGGGCCAAAGAGCAGAGUUUCAAGAGCUUUAUCGAGUGGUUCGAUCUUUGGCUCUCAGUGGCGUAG